GCAAUGAUGCAAUAGACGGAGUUUCAGUAAACACCUUCUAAUAAAUUAGCGCGCUAAUGAGAAUGCAUUAUUUCGCAGCCUAGCUACGUAUUUAACCUAGGCAUAUUGAAAGCUUGAGUUGUACAGAGAUUCAUUGAUCCUGGCAUACAACUCGAAAUCAAUUGAUGAUCCUCGCUUGGCAGGGCAGAGUUCGCUUUAACGAGACUACUUUGUUCAGAACCCAACCCGCCACGUUUUGACAGCGAUGUCACUUUACUACCUAAUGUUUGUAGUGUAGAACAAGCGGCAUUAUAAUUAACCGGUGUAGAUAGUAGAUAUCUUAACCAUGAAUUCUAUCGUGCAUUCUUGGGUUAUUUCCGGAGGUUCCCAUGAAACAAGAAGUAAGAGAAGUAAUUGGCUUUUGAAUACGGAUACCAAGAUUUAAGAUAUCAUGCCAUCUAUUUGUUGUAAGUGAUCACUCAUGUGCUACAAUAAGGUUCCCAGCCAGCUUGAGGUGUGGCUUGAUGACUAAAGUGGAUCACUCAAACAUGUGAUUUACUAUUCUGUCGACUCUGUCUGUCUGCCUGUCUGUCUGUCUGUCAAAGUCGGAUGCCUUAAAGUCACGUGCUUUAACCAUACCAAAUGAGGCUAGACUCAAUUCUCUGCCGAAAGCCCGACAACUUCGAAAUUGCUUCAAGCCAACGAUCAUCGUGAGCUUGCCCUGUCGCGUAUUCCUCAAUUGGCAGCACUAGUCAUCAUGAACACUCUCCGUGUCGCUCGCGCAGCCCUUAGGGCUCGUCCCGCAGCUAUGCGACUCCCUAUUCAGCCCCUUCAGCGAAGGACCUACGCUGAAGCCGCAUCCGACAAGAUUAAGCUGAGCUUGUCCCUCCCUCAUCAGUCUAUAUACAAGUCCCAAGAUGUUGUCCAAGUCAACAUCCCUGCCGAGUCUGGAGAAAUGGGUGUUCUUGCCAACCACGUGCCUUCGAUUGAGCAAUUGAAGCCAGGUCUGAUCGAGGUUGUAGAGGAGAGCGGUAGCAGCAAGCAAUUCUUCCUCUCCGGUGGCUUUGCCGUCGUGCAGCCCAACUCGGUUCUAAGCAUCAACGCUGUCGAGGGAUACCCUCUUGAAGAUUUCAGCGCAGAAGCUGUUAAGGCACAGAUCGCCGAAGCACAAAAGGUUGCGAACGGUAGCGGAAGUGAGCAGGACAUUGCGGAAGCCAAGAUUGAGCUAGAGGUUCUGGAGAGCUUGCAAGCUGUUCUCAAAUAGAUCAUGUCUUAGAGAAAAGGGGAGAGAAAGUUAAAUGGCAACCUGUAUAUCAUGAACAUGCUCCAUAUCACAAAGCCGCCUAAUAGCACGAACUGAACAUGCUUAAGGUCUACUAGACGUUAUAGUACUUUCCGCUAUUCAUAUCAGUGCUUGCCUUAUUUCUUCCUACAGCUUCCCUACCUUUUCUCGCUAGGGUUUAUAGUUAAAACCUUGCUAUUUC